CUGGCUCCGAGAGAGGAGAUUAAACCUCCCGCCCCGUGCUGCCCGGCCGGGGACGGUGAGCCUGGGGGACCAGCAAGCAUCGCCCGGGAGAGCCGGCCUCACACCGCUGUCCUGCCAAGCCUAAACACCCGUGUCCCAAGCUGCUGCCUGCAAUUAAACCGGCAAUUUAAUCCAAGAGUUGCUGCCACAACACAGCCCAGUGACUGUUUGACCCUCAUUGUAUCUCAUGCCCGUUAUCAUCUGACCCCGCCGGAGUUAUAAAUACAACGACAAUAGAGCCUUAACCGGAUUAUAAUUAGACAAUGAGCCCAGAAGGAUGGAAACAAUGAACUAUAAAAGCCCGUCUAUCCUCCCAGCUAGGACCUGCACACACGGGAAGCACUGGAAUGGGCGAGUUACCGGGACCUGUAACAGAAAAGCUACAGAUUUCCCCCAAAUUGGAUUCGGAGCAUCCUCUAACGGCUCACGCUCCCGCCACCAAGUAUUACACGGCCCUGGUCACGGGAGACCUGAGAAGCCUCGAGGUCCUGACUGACCGAUACUAUCAAGAUGUCAACCUGGUUUUUGAGAUCAGUAAAAAUGAGCUGGAGUGGCAGGUGAAAAGCCAAGCGUCUUAUGGACUCUCAGGGCUGUGGUCGCUGGAGUACAAGCGGGAGCUGACCACCCCGCUGUGCCUCGCCGCCCGCCUGGGUCACACCGCCUGCCUGCGCCAUCUCCUCCGCCGACGGGCCGACCCCGACCUGGCGCCGGGGGGACGCGGGCCCCUGCACGAAGCCUGUCUGGGGGGGCACGUCGACUGCGUCGAGCUGCUGCUGGAGCACAAGGCUGACCCAAACCUGCGGAGCGACGAGGGCCUGGCCCCGCUGCACCUCUGCACCACCCAAGACUCCCUGGGGUGUGCCAAGCUCCUGCUGAGACGCGGGGCCACCGUCGACCUGCCCAGCGAGGACGGGGGGGAGACGGCGCUGCAUGUGGCGGCCAGGCACUGCCUCUGCAACCAUGCCCGCCUCUACCUGCGGCACGGAGCACAUGUCGAUGCACGCAGCGCGCGGGAGGAGACGGCCCUCGGCAUCCUCUGUGGGCAGGCGCCACGCACCGACGAGGGCUGCCUGCAGCUUUGCCGGCUGCUGGCUGCCCACGGUGCCGACAUCGAUGCCCGGGAUGAGACGCGGAGGAGCCCCUUGCACAAGGCGUGCGGGGCCGCCAACGCUGGCCUGGCGCGCUUCCUCCUGCGGCGUGGGGCCGACGUCAACGCCAUCGACUACGACGGCGUCUCCCCGCUGGGCUGCGCGCUGCAGAGCGCCGCCUUCAAGCGGGAGCUGCGGCCCCACCUCGCCGUCCAGCUGCUGCUCAACCACGGCUCCCAGAAGAUAUGGCCCCCCGCCUUCGUCAAGGUGCUGAAGUCCUGCGCGGCCGUGCCGGAGAUCAUCGAAGUCCUCUUCAAUUCCUACUCGCAAAUCCCCGUCUCCGAGAAGUGGGCCGAGGCUGUGCCAGAGGAGGUGUUUCAGCAGCACCAGCUAUUCUACGAGUCCUUUUUCCGGCUGGCGGGCACAGUCCGGUGCCUGCAACAUUUAUGCCGCUCCGCCAUUCGGAAAAAGUUUGGCAGCGAAUGCCAUUGCCUCAUCCCCUUGCUGCCCGUCCCCAAGCCCUUGCACGACUACCUGCUGCUGGAGCCCGAGGGAGUCGUGGUCUGAAGGGCGGAGAGGAGCCGGCCGAGGGCCGCCGUCCAGCCCUCCCUUACCUCGUCGGCCCUCGGUGUAGCGCGGCUGCAUCCAUUUCUGUCAGCCGAGCCAAGGCGCGCCGGUUUUCAUGAUAGAUGGUUGUUUUUCAGGGAUUUAUAACGUAACUAAAAUGUGCUUUCGGCUGUAACUUUGUAUAGAUUUUUUUUCUAAUUGUGCUUUAAAUAGAUUAUAAAGAGUAAUAAAAUGAUUAGUAGCUGUUACAAGCACGCUGCA